AAAUUAACAAAGCCGUAUUUGAUAUUAGCUCUUUAAGUUGCGUAGUGGAAAUACACAUGGACUACGAACCAAAGCAUAACUAUUCGCCUAUUAUCUAACUAAAUAAAUCUGUUACUGCCGUUCAACAACAAAAUUCUCGUCGGUGCGUACUUGUAGUCGCCUCCUGCUUGCAGGAAUAAUCAGUAGUGCCUCACAAUACAUACACAAAGGCGGCAUUCCACGGCACUGACCGACAACUUGUAGUGUGUGUGAGCAAGCAUGUUAUGCUAAGUAAGGUUGUCUACUGGAAAUCAGACAGCUGUGUAAGGGCUUACGACGAGUUGUCGUCUUCAACAACGACAACACGCAGCGUCGACCAAGGAUGUCUACUAUUAGCAUUUUGCUCUAAAUUGCCUGUAGAUGUGGUGAUGGAGAUAACACGAAGUGACUGGGACUUCUCAGAAGUCGCCUGGUUCACUGACGAUGGAUACACCGAUGACAUUGUCGUCUUACGUGAGGACGCUGACAAGAUGCAGUCUUCUUUCUUCUCCACUUCUUCCUUGCCGGCUGGUGUGAAAUGUUGUCUCGAGUUGAACCGACACGCUUUCCUAUUUGUGCCAGCUUCUACAUUGAUCUGUCUCUCUUCUUACAGCUACACUAUUGUACUGUGUGUGCAUCGAAGCAAUUGUUUUCGUAUCGGUUUUGUGUGUCUAAGCAUCACAGGAAGAUGCAAGAAAUGUGCAAUCUCUGAGUGAUUUGACUAGUGAGUGAGGCAGUUUAAAACAUGUGUACAUGGAUGGCAGCUGGUUGAGGAGAGUGAGUCUGUGCUCGGCUAAGAAGAUGAGAACACGAAGUUUGCAUUCAGUUAGAAGGUAGCAGCAAGCACUUAUGUGAAGAUGGUGGCAACUGUCAUCGGGAUGAAGGAAGCCCGCGUAAUAUGGAG